UAUAAUUCACAGUGCGUGUCGCUGGUUCCAGCAGCGUAUUGGUCCGUUCCAUGGAAGCCACAUCACGGAUUGCAGAUGCGAGGCUAUUGUGUUUGGUGGUUUGCAGCCCAGUAGGUCUGGCAAGGAAGCGAAGCCGCAGGACGACGCAGCGUAUAUGACGAUGAACUGAGAGGAAGGAUAGCAAGAAAAGGGGGAAAAAUGUGCCGAGACGCGAGACCUGGCGUUAGGAUUAAGGGGGGCGCUGGGUAAAAAAUAUUAAUAAAUAAUCUAACCUUGCAAUUUCAACAUGGCAGCGUCCUGAAUGCCAUAUUCGGAUUAUACAGUGUUAUUCGGGCUUCCAGUGCAUUUGACGAGAUGGGCUCUCAGGUGGUUCAGACUCUGAGACAGGGAGUCUGGGCAUCGCUAACCGGAGGGUGGUACCAUGACCCGGACCAGAACAAAUUUAACAACUCCUGCCACCUCUACCUAUGGAUGUUUCUGCUUAUGUUACCGUUGUCACUACAUUUGGCGCUGCCUCCCACCAGCGUGGCUCUUGGUAUCUACUGCAGUGCCGUGACCAUCUUCUUCAUCUUGAUCAAGAUGGUGAAUUACCGUCUUCACCUCAUGUUUGACCAGGGGGAGAUUGUGGCGCAGGGCAGCCUGUCGGACGUUAGCAAAGGCGCGGAGAGAAAGAGCGAGGGCUCAGAUUCCUGUCGUCCGACAAGCUUAAGGAAAAGCAGCACCGCCCCUGACAGCGUUGCCAUGACAGUUCUGACCCGAAACCGGCCCAGUCCCAUAAUCCAGGUCACGGUGAAGCAGACGGAGACCGAUCCAGGCUUAAUAGGGGUGGAGUGCCAGAAGUCGGAAGACACUAAAAACAAUGAAGCCGUGAGUGAGACCCCUCACCAGGAGAAGCUAAGAGGUGGUACUCCAGCUGAGGACAAAGCAGUGGGUCAGGAUCCAUCGACGGGCCGCCCCGAUUCGCCGUCUCGCCCUCUGAGCGGGGAUCAGGAGGAGAAACUGCUGCCAGACGCCGACACAGCCGACGAGGGACUUCCUCCCUCCAAAGGAAGCGACGAGGAGACCGGCCAGGACUCGGAGGUGGAGAAGCAGAGUCAGGACCCCAACAACAACUCCCUGGGAGGGAAGCAGGAGACAGAGGCGGACCCUGCGGCCGUGCCCGAAAGCCAGCCGGAGGAGAACUACUGCUCCGACGAGAUCGCCGUCGUCCUGGUGGACAACUCCAGCCCCUCGGUGCACCUGGACGAGAGCGACACGGUGAAGAUCAUCAUCACCAUGAGCUGCGACGCGCAGACGGCCGCCGAGCUGGAGGAGUCAGUAAAGCUGCACCUCCUGGAGUCAGCGCAGGGCGGGGCGGCGGGAGACUGCCUCAUCAAGAUACCUGUCAUCACCUUCGACUCACCUGAGGAUGAUGGGGCAGCGGCCGAGGAGGACGACGAACCCGCGCCCGAGGCGGAAGCCAGCCUCCAGCCGCUCCCCCUGCCGGACACUCACCUGUCGAAAGAACAGGUAAGCUCCGAUUCGGCCGCCCAGGACUGCCGGGAUUGUGAGUCCAACGACCCGGAGUUCGAGCACCUGAGCCCCCAGCUGACCAACGACAACAGCUCCUCGGGCAUCGACGUGCGCUCGCACCCGGACGAGAACGACCCGCCCGAGCUGAGGCUGGACUCGGACGGGUUCCUGCAGAUCCCGGCGGGGUUCGGGAAGCCCAGCCUGGGAGGCAGGACUCACGCCAGGGGGCUGAGCAUGGACAGCGGCACAGAUGCCGUGCUCAUCGCCGACAAAGCCAAGGAGCUCCGCCCGCUCACCUCCUCCAAGUCCGACCUGGAGGCCAAGGAGGGCCAGAUCCCCAACGAGUCCAACUUUGUGGAGUUUGUGACCCUGCUGGAGUCCAUCAACAGCAGCAGGGCUGCAUCGGGGAACCCCCCUGGGGAGGUGGCGGGAGAGGGAGAGAGGGCCGUGGAUGAAGAAGAGAGCGCUGCAGCCAGUCGAAAUGAAGAGGACACAGCGACAGAGGGCCAACAAGAGCGUCCCAACCCCCCCAACAGUCUGGCCACAACAGACACGCCCCAAACAGCGCCCGAAAAACUGAUCCCCAUUGUGUCUCCAGAUAGUCCCUUCCUGCUCAGUCCUCAGACAGACAAGGACAAAGACCCGGAUUACGACUCCCUGCCAUCACAGACGUCUCAGUCGGAGAGCUCCAUGCUGCAGGUGAUCUGCAGGCCGGAGGCCACGUCCAAGGAAGAGGCCUACACCUUCCACACAGUGCACCGAGACAGACCCCGAAAGCUGUAUGCUGAACGAGCUCUUAAUUUGCCCCUGGGAGCCGAGCUUAUCACAGGCAACAUGUGCGACCUCCUGUCCACGUCGUCCAACUCGGAGUGCCAGGACGGAUUGGUGGGGGGGCACACGGACUGCCCCUUCCAGCGCCGCAUCAUCCCAACGCACCGGCUGCGGCCACGGAGAACGCACCCCGAAAUUUUCCAGGAAGAGGUCUCUAUAGAGGAGUCCUCUGACACUUCAACGCAGGAAAAGCCCUCUCGCAAGCUCUACUACAAGCUGAAGGUUUUUCCCGGGAAAUGGGUCAACAUCCUGUAUGACCGGCUCACCCUGUUGGCCUUACUAGACAGGAACCAGGAUGUGAUGGAGAACAUGGUGGCAGUGGCCCUGGCCUUCCUGGUUGCCUUCCUGGGGUUCAUACUGUUGAACCACGGCUGUUUCAAAGACAUCUGGGUCUUCCAGUUCUGCCUGGUCAUUGCAAGCUGCCAGUACUCCCUGUUAAAGAGUGUCCAACCUGAUGCUGCUUCACCAACCCAUGGACACAAUCAGAUCGUCGCCUACAGUCGAGCAGCGUAUUUCUGUAUAUUCUGUGGCCUUAUCUGGGUGCUGGAGAGGAUGCUGAAAAGACCAGACCUGCCUGUGUCCACAGUGUAUGGCAUUACAAUUGUGUCUUCAGAUGCCAUUAAAUUCUUAAGAGAUAUUUUAAUUGGAUUUACAUACUGUUUCCCAAUUACAUUUCUCCUGGGCCUCCUCCCCCAAAUUAACACCUUCGUCAUCUACCUGCUGGAGCAAAUCGAUAUGCAUUUCUUCGGUGGAACAGCCGCCACCGGGCUGAGCUCGGCUUUGUACAGCAUCCUGCGCAGUCUGACCGCGGUGUCUCUGCUGUACGGCUUCUGCUUCGGAGCGCUGAAGGAGCCCUGGGAUGAGCAGCACAUUCCUGCCCUGUUCUCUGGGUUCUGUGGCCUGCUGGUGAUGCUGUCCUACCACCUCAGCCGGCAGAGUAGUGACCCCUCUGUGCUGAUGUCUCUGAUCAAGUCCAAGCUGAUGCCCGUUCUGGGGGACGGUGCUGAGGGGGACGACUCGGAGGAGGAGAUUGGGGAUCCUCUUCCAGAAAAGCUCAGGAAUUCAGUGAAGGAGAUUCUGCAGUCAGACCUGUUGGUGUGCACCGUGGCCUCUGUGUUGACUUUUGCUGUGACUGCCAGUACAGUAUUCUUGUCUCUAAAGCCCUUUGUCACCAUUGUCCUCUACGCGCUUGCUGGGACGGUGGGGUUUGUCACCCACUACCUGAUCCCGCAGUUACGGAAACACCACCCCUGGCUUUGGAUCUCACACCCGGUGCUGAAGAGCAGAGAGUACUCCCAGUUUGAGCCCAGAGACGACGCCCACUUGAUGUGGUAUGAGCGUCUGUACGUGUGCCUGUUGUCCUUCGAGAAGUACGUGGUGUACCCAGCCAUCGUCCUCAGCGCCCUCACCAAUGACGGCUUCUCCCUCAGUCACCGCAAGAAGCUAGGCAUCCACUGUGAUGUCUUGUUGAUGACAGUUGCUGGGAUGAAGCUUCUCCGCUCCUCCUUCUGCAAUCCCAGCUACCAGUUUGUCACCCUCAUCUUCACCAUCGUCUUCUUCGAGUUCGACUACAGCAGGGCCUCUGAAACCUUCCUGCUGGACUUCUUCCUCAUGACCAUCCUCUUCCACAAGCUCUGGGAUCUCCUGCACAAGCUGCAUUUCAUCAUGGUGUACAUCGCUCCCUGGCAGAUCUCCUGGGGCAGUGCCUUCCACGCCUUCGCCCAGCCUUUCGCCCUGCCGCAUUCGGCCAUGCUGCUGCUGCAGACCUUCAUCACCACUCUGUUCUACACCCCCCUCAGCCCGUUCCUGGGCAGUGCCAUCUUUAUCACCUCCUACCCUCGCCCCGUCAAGUUCUGGGAGAGGAAUUACAACACCAAACGCAUCGACAACUCUAACAGCAGGCUGGUGUCCCAGAUCGACAAGGAUACGGGAUGCGAUGACAACAACCUGAACUCCAUCUUCUACGAGUACCUGACCCGCUCCCUACAGCACUCCCUCUGCGGGGACCUGCUGCUGGGCCGAUGGGGGAACUACAGCUCCGGGGACUGCUUCAUCCUGGCCUCCGACUACCUCAACGCCUUCGUGCACCUCAUCGAGAUCGGCAACGGCCUGGUCACCUUCCAGCUGCGCGGCCUGGAGUUCCGAGGCACGUACUGUCAGCAGAGGGAGGUGGAGGCCAUCACAGAGGGUGUGGAGGAGGACGACGCCUGCUGCUGCUGUGAGCCGGGACACCUGCCCCACGUCCUGUCCUGCAACGCCGCCUUCAACCUGCGCUGGCUGGCCUGGGAGGUGACCACCACCAGGUACCUGCUGGAGGGCUACAGCAUCAGCGAGAACAACGCCGCCACCAUGCUGCAGGUGUACGACCUGCGCAAGCUGCUCAUCACCUAUUACCUGAAGAGCAUCAUGUAUUACCUGAUCCAGUCUCCGAAACUGUCGGUCUGGAUCAAAGAGCCCUCCAUCCUGGAGGCCCUGCAGCCCUUCACCAAGUGGCACCACAUCGAGAGGGACCCGGCCGUGUUCAGCGUCAAAAUCGACGAGGACUACGUACACUGCCUGCAGGGCGUCACCAGGGCCAGCUUCUGCAGCGUCUACCUGGAGUGGAUACAGUACUGCGCCAACAAGCAGGACGAGGUAGUGGAGUGCGAUGAGGACUCACACCUUGUCACUCUGUGCUUUGCCCUGUCUGUGUUGGGCAGAAGAUCCCUGGGGACAGCUUCUCACAACAUGUCCAACAGUUUGGAAUCCUUCCUGUAUGGCUUCAAUGCCCUGUUUAAAGGGGACUUCCGCAUCGCCACUAAAGAUGAAUGGGUGUUCGCCGACGUGGACCUGCUUCAGAAGGUUGUGGCUCCCGGAGUGAGGAUGAGUCUGAAACUGCACCAGGACCACUUCACCUGCCUGGAGGAGACGGAAGAGCCGGCCGUCCUGUACGAGGCCAUCAGCAACUAUGAGAACAACCUGGUCAUCUGCCACGAGGGCGACCCCGCCUGGCGGAAGGCGGUACUGUCCAGCCGGGACACGUUGCUGACGCUGAGGCACAUGGUGGACGACGGCACAGACGAGUACAAGAUCAUCAUGCUGUAUAAGAGACACCUCAGCUUCAAGGUCAUCAAGAUCAAUAAGGAGUGUGUGCGAGGCUUGUGGGCGGGGCAGCAGCAGGAGCUGGUCUUCCUGCGGAACAGGAACCCGGAGCGGGGCAGCAUCCAGAACUCCAAGCAGGCCCUGCGCAACAUGAUCAACUCGUCCUGCGACCAGCCGCUGGGCUACCCCAUGUACGUGUCCCCUCUCACCACCUCCUACAUGGGCAGCCACGCCCAGCUGAGGAGCAUCUGGGGCGGCCCCAUCAGCCUGGAGAACCUCCAUGCCUGGCUGCUCUCCAAGUGGAGGCGGGUGCGAAAGGACAACCUGGCCAGCUGUAGCAGUGGAGUGAACAUGGAGGAUGUGGACUGUGCUGGAGCGUCCUCCUCUCUCAGCCAGAACAACAACUCCAUCACCUCCCAAAGCUUGAGCCUGUGCCCCGCCCGACCCAGAGCCUCCCAGACCAGCCGGCCACACGCUGCAGCUAGGAGAGAGUACAGGAGCCGGUCGGUACAGCCCCAGCAGCAACGCCCCCCAGUGGCCAGCCAGUCCGGUCCCAUCCUGGACAGCCAGCAGGUGUCUAGCUCCGCCCACGGGCUGGUCCAGCGCCUCUCCAACAGCCAGCUGUCCUUCAACACCUCCAUCGCCUCCAUCUUCUCCCAGGUGCCCCGGCUGUCCACCGCGGGGCCACUGAGCUCGCAGAUCCAGGCGGCCGCGCCCCACCGCUCCAGCCAGGUGUCGUCCUCCAGCUCCACACUCAGCCUGCUGUUCGGGAAGCGGAGCUUCUCCAGCGGCCUGGUGAUAUCCGGCCUGUCCGCCGCCGAGGGGGGCAACACCACCGACACCCAGUCCUCCAGCAGCGUCAACAUCGCCAUCGGCCCCUCCUGCAGGUCUGGCAGCAGGGCUACGCAGUGGACCUCAGAGGCGUACGAAAGCCUGGACGUCACAGUUCCCAAAGACAGCACCCCCUCCACCGACAGAGGCUACGGCCAGGCCACAGACCGCAGCCAGGACGACUCCGCCCCCUCCUUCCAGGAGCUGCCCGAGCAGAAGACCGUCUGAGAGAGAGAGAGAGAGACACACCGCCUGUCAGCCGGCUCCACCUGUCAGCAUGUCCGCCGAAGGGCUGCUCCCUUUAGAUAACGCCCUUUACUUUCAGACCAAUCCAACAGUGGCUUUUCUUGAAAUAAAAAAAAAAUCUGAGAGGUUUAGGACCCUGUAGCUGUUCAGGAGAAAACACUGGGGCUUGCCCCAUGUGCUGUUAUCACUCUAACCACCUGGCUCUCACAUUACCUGGAAGUUACGAUUGCCUCCUUGAAGCCGAUACAGCCACACAGGUGUAGGAAGGCUCACCAUGACAGGAGGUUUCUGAUAUCUAAUUAUAGCAUAACAAAAAUUACAGGGAAGGAUGUGAGCUUUUGGAGUACAUUCAAAGCUGCUGAUAGGUACUGCUGUGAAAGAGGUUGUGGGUUGUGCGCCAAGGUGGGACACAUGGGAGGGACCCCUGGCUCAGUUCCAGUAAGCCUGGCCAAUGAGUGGUGACGGUUCUGUUCUCAGUCUGGCCAAUGAGUGGUGGCGGUGCUGUUCUUGACAUCUGUGAGAUUGCUUUAAUUGGUUUUGGUGCAUGAAAUGCAGACACUGUCAGUAAAGUCUGAUGUUCACUUUUUUCACUAUGCUCAAAGGGUAGCUGGGCUUGUUUCUGAUUAAGGUCUAUGAAACAAUGUGUCCUCUCAUAAAUAAAAAAAAUAGCAUUUGUAUUAAAUAGUGAGCCCAGAUUAUUAUAGUGUUUUUUUCAUGAUUAUUUCAUGAUUA